AUGGAAUGUGAAAAGUUUGACUGGAUCAGCAACUUCUGUUUGACGCAGACCAUCAAGACAGCCAUGGACGCUUCCGUAAUAGCCAGCUUCCGCAAGAACGUGGUGCUAAAGCCAGAGGUAUUUUUCAUGCCGUCGGAAGAGGUCGCCAAGGAGAUUAAAGCGUUCACCAAGCAUGCGUAUGAUCACACAUCCAAGUACCAGAGUAAGACAGGCGCCUCUCAGCCGCUGGAAGAGCUCUAUGUGGACGGAUUCGAUGCAGACCAGGUUUGGGAGCAGCUCCGCCUGCUGAACGGUCCGUUGGUGAAUGAGAUGACGCAGCGCAUCCGCACGUUUAGCAAGAAUCCGGAAAACAUUCUGCUGUUUCCGUUGGAAAAACAGGAAGAGAAUGGAGAAGAGAAGGAACACGACAGUGACGCUGAAAGCGACAAGGUGGAGAAAGACUCAGACGAAGACAGAAGUGACGAGGAGGAUAAAUCGGAUGAUAGCAAUGCCGAAUCUGGUAAAGUGGAGAAGGAGGUAAAGAAGACGAAAAAAAAGAGCAAGAAGGCUCGUGAUGUUGCGGAGGAUGGUUUUUUUGACUGGGACGAAAUGGACAAGGCGGCUGAGGAAGAGGAAGGUGAAGAUGAAGAUGAUGAAGACAUGGAAAGCAAUAAAGAUGAUGAUGAUAAUGACGAUGAAGACGACGAUGAUGACUCAGAGAUGGAGGAAAGAUCGGAUGCUGAAGCUGCGGAGGACAUAAAAUACGAUGAUUUUUUCAAAGACGAGGAUGAAGAGGAAACUUUAGAGGGUGAGGAGGAAGAGGAAGAGCUGAACGAUGUUGAGAUGCAGAAAGGCGGUAAAGACGAGGAGGACUACCCGACAAUUAACCGCACGAAGCCUGGCGAAGAAGUGAAGGUCGAUGACGAAGAGCUUGCCGAGCGCGGCAUCAUGUCGUCGCAUCAGCGUCGGCGCCAGCGCCUUCAGAAGGAGAUUAAAGAACUUGAACGAGAGGCCAUUAGCGAGAAGCCGUGGGUGCUGAAGGGCGAGGUGCGCUCGGCUGCUCGACCGGAAAAUAGUUUGUUAGAAGCGGUGCUAGACUACGACAGACCAGUGAAGGCAGCUCCUGUAAUCACGGAGGAGGUGUCUAUUGCGCUUGAGGAAAUGGUCAAGAAGCGUAUUCUCGAGGAUGACUUUGACGAUGUGAUCCGUAAGUUUGCUGGUAAUGAGGAGGACCAGAAGAAAAAGCUAGAGGAGGUGUCGAUGGAGAAGUCCAAGGAGGGCCUUGGCGAGAUUUACGAGAAGGAGUACAUGAAGACCGCUAUGGGCUUUGAGGCGGACGACGAGUCCAAGCAGGAUCAGGAAGAGAUUGAUGUGAUGUUUAAAAGCCUAUGCUGGAAGCUUGACGCGCUGUCGAACUAUCACUUCACGCCCAAACCGGCCGUGAAGGAACUGCAGGUUAAGCCUGCAGUGCCUGCGAUCGCAAUGGAGGAAGUGGUGCCUAUCAGCGUAAGCGACGCAAACCUAAAGGCACCGGAGGAGGUAUACGAGAAGAAACGCAAGCGCGGCGAGGCUGUCCUGCAAUCCAAGGAAGAGAUGACCCAAAAUGAGCGCAAGGCGCUGCGCAAUGCUAAGAAGCACGCACGGCGGAAGGAAAAGCGGCAGCGCGAAUUCGACGAGCGGCUGGUGGCCAAGCUCAACCCCGGCCUGGGCAACAAGUAUGAGAAGAAGAAGAUGCUUGAGAGCAUCGCCGGUGCCAAGAACAUUACGACGGGCAAGCAGAUCGAGGGCUCGUCAAAGCAGUUCUCCAAUUCAAAGGAAUUCUUUUCACGUCUACAGGACGAGGUGCAGGAAAAAAUCAGGACUGCAAGCAGCAGUAAGUAG